AUGAUUGAUAGAGAGCAGGCAAAUGAAGCAAUAGAAGUUAUACGAGAUCCAAGUCAACCACAAAGAAGAAAGAACGGUGAAGCUAAUGAACUCUCUACUAUGCUACUUAAAACUCGUAUCAAGAAUGAAAUAGAACGGGGGAAAUUGCUAGAAGCCAAAGCAAAAGCUGAAAUAGGUGAAUUAGUGCCGAUAGAAGAAGUAAAAACCGAAGCUUUUAACGCAGCAAGAGUAGUGAGAAAUAACCUUCUUAAUAUUCCAGAUAGAGUAUCAGCACUACUUGCAUCGAUGAGUGAUGCGGAAAAGAUUCAUGAACUACUAUCGCAGGAAAUAACAACAGCAUUGGAGGAGUUAGCAAUGCAGCAAGGAGAAAAAAAUGACUGAUUCACUAAAAAGUAAGCAAAUAUAUUUAGAGUUCAUAGGAUGUUUAAUAAGCCAAUCUAACAUUGACAUUAAUAAACGUGGAAUAAAUGGAAAAACCCCACUACAUUGCGCUAUAGAACUCGAUGAGUUGAGCUUAGUUGAUCUUUUGCUGAGUAAGAGAAGCAUAAAUCCGCUGAUAACUGACAAUGAAAACAAAAGUGCUCUGGAUUAUGCAAAAGAUAAUAGAGUAUUACAGGUGCUAAUCAACCAUAAAUACGGGUUAGAGAAAGACAGCUUACUUCACUUAGCUGCAAUAUUAAACGAAGAAAAUGCAGUAAGGUUUUUAAUAAACAAAGGUAUUAACGUCAACGAGCAAAAUGCUUUACUACAUACCCCAUUGCACUUAGCAGCAGGAGCAGGACAUGAGAAAAUCAUAGAAAUUUUAGUCAAGGAAGGAAGCGCAAAUAAGGACGUUUUAGAUAUCAGAAACCAUACACCACUGCACUAUGCGGUAAAUAACAAGAGAUUAGGAGCAGUAAAAUUACUAUCAGACCUAGGAGCAAGCAGCAAUACAGUUGGUCACGGAAAAGGUUCAAUGAAAUUAUCUCCUGUGCAUGUUGCAGUAAGCAGUAGUAAUUAUGAUGAAAGAGAUCUGUGCCUUGAUAUAGUAAGAUGUUUAAUAAAUGCGCCAAACUCUCAAAUCAACUUACAAGACUAUGAAAAGAAGACACCACUACACUACGCUGAAAGGGUAAAGAAUGUAGAAGCACUACUUGCCAGAAAAGAUAUAGAAUGGCCACCUUAA